AUGUACACGAACACUGUCAUCGCCUUCUCUGUGGUAAUAAGUAUCGAAUCACUUAUCAUAUGUGUUGGAAAUGCUUUCGUAAUUUUCGUAUUUUGGACGCAGUGCACGGGAAGUAGAAGACGAACCAGCUAUCUUCUGAUCAAUCUAGCGGUUGCCGAUUUCUUAAUAGGAGUCACAAAAAUUCCAUCGUUUAUAACCAUCUACAUUCCCUCUCUGAUGCGAAAACGAAACAUUAACGACCUCGGAAACUAUAUUGCGGCAUUUGACAUCUUGUUUUCAACAGCUUCCGUAGUUUCUCUUGCUACUGUUUCGGUGGAACGCACUGCCGCCGUUUUGUGGCCACUUGCUCAUCGAACUUCAAGUGACAGAGUGUAUGUCUAUUGUAUUGCUUUUAUCUGGGUGACUGCGAUGAGUGUGUUCCUCAUUUAUAUUCUACCUUUCUUCAACGUGUGGCCCUUUGAAUAUGCGGUUAUAGCACUGAACAUCGUUCUUGUACUAUCCAUUCUUACUACUUGUCUUACGUACAUCAUUAUACGCGUCCAUUUGAAACGUUCACCCCAAAUAUUUAACAGUGAUCAAAGGCGAAGCGUGGAAAGAAACGUAAAACUCUCAAAAACGGUAUUUCUGGUCAUCGCAUUGUCAUUUGCUUUUUGGGUUCCAGCCGUCAUUUUUUACAUCAUCGAUGACGUCUUUUGCAAAGAAUGUAUUCCCGCCGAAGUCGUUUUGGUGGGAACUGUUUUGCAUUUCGCAAACUCUCUUGUUAAUCCUAUCGCAUAUACUUGCAGGCUGUCAGUUUUUAAGAAAACGCUGAAUAGACUCCUAAAAAGGCGACAAGUUCGUGUGGAAGUAACAAAGCUUUGAAAGAAAAAUGUUCCCUGCCUUUUAUGGCCAAAAAACCUUCCCUCGUUUGGUCCUGACGUCUGGCGUGCGCUAAUAGUAGGAAGCCCAAACAACAACGACGGCGACGCAACAUAACUCGAAAAAUGAAGUCGCUCUGCUUCAAACUUUAUCGCGAUUAUUUGAUCUCAUUUAAUUCGUAAGAUGUUGGCAAUUUUUUUCUGGAGUUGAAUUCUAAAAGACUGUAUCGAAGUUCAGGAGAAGAAUAAAAAACUCUUUUGCAUUUUGCAAACUCUGUAAUAAAUCCUAUCACAUAUACUUGUAGACUGUCAAUUUUUAGGAAAACUCUGAACGGACUCGUUCAAAGGGGACAAGUUCGUGUAGAAAUAACGAAACUUUGAAAUGAAAUGUCCCUUUGUAAAUAAGGCCAUCCUUUUUUUUCUCGUUUAGCGUCGAAUGCGUUUUCUGAUAUUGGGUCGGUCGGUCGGAUUGAAAAAAAAAUAACAAGUAGUCUGGGAAUAUAGGAGGCCCUGGUACCCCAGAACGACUUUAAAACUUAAAAUUCACAUAUUAAGGUACACAAUAUAACUGUAAAAAAUGUUCCUGUUCUUUUUCCUGUUUUUCGCUUUGCUGUUAAUUACUAUGUGCAUUUUCCAGAUUAAAAGAAUUAUUUCAAGUAAACAAUGGUUUAACUACGUUGUUCCUUUUUUUUUGGAAAAUGACAAAAAUUUGGGUCUCUCUGACGACGCUAAACGAAGAAAAAAAAAGAGGAGGACCUUAAGGCAAAAAAAAAUAUCCCACGUUUUUUCAUGACGUCAAACAUGCGCCAAUGGUUUCACCUGGGCAUAACAUAGUAGCCUCUUUCAUUCUGGAAAUCAUCCCUUUUCAGGUGUCCUGUAAAACCAUGAUUGGAGACUAGAAGUUGCAUGGAGCGUGCGUUUUCUCUCACGCGGCCAUUAGAUUAAUUGAAAGAAAAAAAAGGUUUUAUGUAAGAAAAAGAUUCAACACGCACAGAAUUGGUUUGGGACACCAACAUGGCUACCUUUUUAUUAAACAAUUACCGUUUCGGAACCGAAGUGGCAGAAAUGACGUCAUGUGGAAAUGCUCUAUUGGCCAUUUUUAGUACGCGAGGGAGACUGGAUCGGUGUUCUGUUGAAUUGCAUUAUGGGAAUCAGUUGUAAGGAAGAAAUUAUGAUCCAGCUUCCUGUGCGACCUUGUGAUUACCAGUAAAAGUACCUCGAAAGAGAUUUCUUCCCCAAAACAGUCACAAAGGGUAAUUCAUCACAACAGUCGAUUCGACAAAGAUUGCGUAAACCCUUGCAUGUCUAGUAACUUCAGGAAUGAGAUAUGCAUAUGUGGUUCCAUCCCGUGAAGUAAAAACUGAAAGAAUUAAUAAAUAUGCAUGUAUGCUGAAGCUUGCAUACUCCAAGCAAAUCUCUUCGCAGGAAAACAAAAUCAAAUUGAUUCAAAUUCGGUACUAAGUGAAAUUAUUAAACCAUUCACUAAGUUUCCAUACAGCUUCAGUUGUUUUUCUCUCUGCCAUCAUCAGUCUAAAGCACUUUCGCCGUUUUGUGUCCACUUGCAAACCGAACAACAAUCUAUUGCUUUUACUACUGGCGACUGAGAUGGCUCUAGCCCUGAUUUAUACUUUGCCCGCUAACGGUGUGUGGAGUUACAAUGUACGAAUAAAUAGAAAUAAAUCAAGCCAGCACAAUUAGUACUUCUCAGAAGAAAACAGCCCUCCCAUAAUCUUCUACAGGACAACCCUCACAAUCCAGGACCGAGCGUGACAGAUGGAGCGUUGGGUAGAACAUUACUCUGAGCUGUACGCCAUAGAGAACGAAUAUGGUGUCUGGAGAAGCCCUGAACGCUAUAGAGUGCUUACCAGUUCUGGAGGAGCUAAAUUGUGAACCUUUGGAGCUGAAAGAGGCUCUGGGUUCGCUUGCACCUGGAAAAGCACCCAGUCAGAACAUUAUCCCAUCUGAGAUCCUGAAAUGCUACAAAGGCGAUGCCGUCACCGAGCUCUAUUCGCCACUUAGCUUUUGCAAAGACUUCUGGGGUGGUUACUGGGGACGCGCCAUUAAGCUAUUGGUCAGUUUGUUUGCCCUGUCACCGCUAACAGUCUCAGAAGUCUUUGCGAAAGUUAACUAGUCCCAGUUUCGAAAAGAUGAGUACAACUUCACUUUUAUGGUUUAUGUAAAUAUAUCAAGCGUGAGACGCAGUGUUAUAUCAUCAAAUGAAACACUGAGAAGAGAGAUGAAAAUGCGACGCGCAGCGGCUUGACGAACUUCAAGGUGUUUCUUCUGGAAAUGAAACACUAUGUCGAGUGCUUGAUAUUACUUCUCAAACAAAAUGAUUUUACCAGGAGAAAUUAAGGAUGCAAAAAUGAGCAGUUUUACAUCUGAUUUCCAAACACUCAUUAAACAUUAAUUUCCUUCGUCUUUUUUUUUUAUGAAUUAUUGAGUUUGAGAAAUACAAAUGAAGAACUUCAAUGAAGAACUUUUCUUAUGAGCAAAUGAAGAACUUCAACCAAAACAAUUUCUUGUUUGAUGUAGGGCGGAGAGAUUGGAGUCGUAUUCGUGUGGUCUCUGAUGUUGACGAAAAGUGGAACGAGUGGAAAAAUAUGCUUGUGACUGUUAUUAACAAACAUGCGCCUGUAAAAAAGGAAAAGAGUUGGCAGAAAAGCGUCCUCUUAGAUUACGGAAAAUGAAAAAUUGUACUUUGUUAUUCGCAAAUAACAAGUUUAAAUGAUGAACGUGGUGCCGUGACGCUCCUUCAAACAAAUAAGGGUCAGCGAUUGAGGGGGAACCUUUAUUUUCACCUAGUAAUACAAUAAAUACUAACAAUACUAAAAAAAAACAUUUUAUGAAUAAGUAUAUUCGAAAAUGUAAUCUUAAUUGUGAAACGGAUUGAGGGUCUGGGGACUUAAAACUUUAAACUCCCUUUUUCAUAUAUUUGAUUAAAAUAUAUUGUGUUUUGCUUAAUUUGGUGUGAAAUUUACAUAUGUAUUGAAAAUUUCACAGUUUUUGAGAAAAAGUAUUGAGGAAAAAUAUUGCUUUUUGUGUUAAAACCUGAUGUGGUCUCUAGAAUAGUGUAUAUUGUGAUAAUGCAAACUUAAUUAAGUUUACCGUUAUUUAUUUAUAUUUUCUGUUUGCAUUUACCUUUUUUAGCUGCCCACAGUAAAUAAAUGAAGAUGAGAUUAAUUGAAAGUCAAUUUAAGACUGGCAGAUGUUUUGCGACAAAUCAUAGUUUAAAGGAGGGUACUAAGGUAGGAGUUUAGAGUGUAUGGGUUUCUCAGGUCUCUUAAUUCAUUCUCAUAUUGUAGACCUGUUUUGGAAGAGUUUUACGUUAAAAAUUAUAGCCUAGUAUUGAUUUCCCUACUAAUGAUGUAAAACUCCCAAUAUUACAACGCAUAUUAAGUGCACGGUCGACUCGAAUAUAGAAAAACCUGUAUUAAAACAGCACCUCUAAAACCCCGACCACGUCGAGCGGCACAUACCCGUAUAGGUAUCCUAAGGAGGUGAGUCCUCCCCGCCCUUUGACCUGCUCUCCCGGAACCGUUGAAGUCACUUCAUAACCAAACUACACGCCUUCUUUUUUAUUAACAGACCAGUUGCUCUGUUAGUGCGUUUGUCGUUCAACAGAAGCCGGAGAAGCAAUGUACACGAACACUGUCAUAGCCUUCUCUGUGAUAAUAAGUAUCGAAGCACUCAUCGUAUGUGUUGGAAAUACUUUCGUAAUUUUCGUAUUUUGGACGCAGUGCACGGGAAGUAGAAGACGAGCCAGCUAUCUUCUGAUCAAUCUAGCGGUUGCCGAUUUCUUAAUAGGAGUCACAAAAAUUCCAUCGUUUAUAACCAUCUACAUUCCCUCUCUGAUGCGAAAACGAAACAUUAACGACCUCGGAAACUACAUUGCAGCAUUUGACAUCUUGUUUUCAACAGCUUCCGUAAUUUCUCUUGCUACUGUUUCAGUGGAACGCACUGCCGCCGUUUUGUGGCCACUUGCUCAUCGAACUUCAAGUGACAGAGUGUAUGUCUAUUGUAUUGCUUUUAUCUGGGUGACUGCGAUGAGUGUGUUCCUCAUUUAUAUUCUACCUUUCUUCAACGUGUGGCCCUUUGAAUAUGCGAUUAUAGCACUGAACAUCGUUCUUGUACUAUCCAUUCUUACCACUUGUUCUACGUACAUCAUUAUACGCGCUCAUUUGAAAUGCUCACCCCAAAUAUUUAACAGUGAUCAAAGGCGAAGCAUGGAAAGAAACGUAAAACUCUCAAAAACGGUAUUUCUGGUCAUCGCAUUGUCAUUUGCUUGUUGGGUUCCAGCUGUCAUUUUGUACGUCAUUGAUGACGUCUUUUGCAAAGAAUGUAUUCCAGCCGAAGUCGUUUUGGUGGGAACUGUUUUGCAUUUCGCAAACUCUCUUGUUAAUCCAAUCGCAUAUACUUGCAGGCUGUCAAUUUUUAAGAAAACGCUGAAUAGACUCCUAAAAAGGCGACAAGUUCGUGUGGAAGUAACAAAGCUUUGAAAGAAAAAUGUUCCCUGCCUUUUAUGGCCAAAAAACAUUCCCUCGUUUGGUCCUGACGUCUGGCGUGCGCUAAUAGUAGGAAGCCCAAACAACAACGACUGCGACGCAACAUAACUCGAAAAAUGAAGUCGCUCUGCUUCAAAUUUUAUCGCGAUUAUUUGAUCUCAUUUAAUUCGUAAGAUGUUGACAAUUUUUUUCUGGAGUUGAAUUCUAAAAGACUGUAUCGAAGUUCAGGAGAAGAAAAAAAAAAACUCUUUUGCAUUUUGCAAACUCUGUAAUAAAUCCUAUCACAUAUACUUGUAGACUGUCAAUUUUUAGGAAAACUCUGAACGGACUCGUUCAAAGGGGACAAGUUCGUGUAGAAAUAACGAAGCUUUGAAAUGAAAUGUCCGCUUUGUAAAUAAGGCCAUCCUUUUUUUUCUCGUUUAGCGUCGAAUGCGUUUCCUGAUAUUGGGUCGGUCGGUCGGAUUGAAAACGAAAAAAAAAUCACAAGUAGUCUGGGAAUAUAGGAGGCCCUGGUACCCCAAGACGACUUUAAAACUUAACAUUCACAUAUUCAUAUUAAAAGUAUUAUUUCAAGUGAAAAAUGGUUAAACUACGUCGUUACUUUUUUUUUGGAAAACGACAAAAAUUUGGGUCGGUCGGACGACGCUAAACGAAGAAAAACAGAGGAUGACUUUGGGUGCGUUCGAUUGGGAAAUCUGGAUUUCCCAAUCGAACGCGAAAUCCGAAAACGGAUUUCACCUCCGAGAAAUCCGUCCUCAGGGUCGAUUUCAAUUAAGAAAUCCAAAUCCGGAUUUCAUGGAUUUCCUUUUUACCGUUCGAUUGGGAAAUCCGAAAAAGGAUUUGCAAAACUAUAUUCUCGUGAACAGACCGUUGUUCUUAAGGACAGUUUUUCAAAUCCUUUUUCGGAUUUCGCAAUCGAACGGUAAAAAUAAAAAUCCCAAACAGAUAUCUCAGCGUUGAAAUCCGUUUUCGGAUUUCGCGUUCGAUUGCAAAUCCGAAAUCCGGAUUUUAAAAUCUAAAUCCAGAUUUCCCAAUCGAACGCACCCUUUAAGGCGUUUCGAUACAGUUUUUUAGAGACCAUACCGAUAUUUUUCAAUCGCCUUAAAAGUGGUUUUCUCCUUCUCCGAUCGCUAUAAAAUUUUCACCAGUAAUUGGUAAUGAAAUGAAAUUUAUGAAAAUGCAGUUUUAAGUAAAUCGUUAUUACUAUGACAACAAUAAACAAAAAACUUUGAAAUUGAUAAAAGCCGAAUUUUGUGUGAUCUAGACCAGCUACUGAAAAUCCAACGCUAGGAACUUAGAGUUUGGCGUUUAGCAAAUAAUCUCCGUAAGAAGUAAAAAAUUCUGUAUGUUUGAAUUCGACUAAAACGAAAAUAUAUUUCAAGCCUUAAAUUUUCAAUAGCGGUGAUAAAUUACUUAUUAAAAACGUUAUAAAUGACUCAAAUUAUUCUUAAGUAGCGUCAGAAUGCUGCUUAAUAUCAUAUUUUAAUGCUAGGAAAUUUUGCUUUGUUUUCGUUCUUGCGAUCUUGAAAACUAACCCGUUUUCUCACCACCUGUAUAAGUGCAACUUCAUUCAAAAUUUGGACUUUUAGCGCUUUUUUGUAUAUCUCUCAAACGUCUCGAACGAAUUUUUUUUCAAUCUCUUCACAUAAUCUUCAUAAUGUAUAUAAUAAUGUCUGAAACUUUCAUUAAGAUUGAUUCACUGCAACGCCUUGAAAUUUCAAGACAAACCUAUCCUACGAACCCGUCAAAAAUCUGCGUUACAACAUUCAAUGUUUUGACAUUAUGCUAAUUUUUCCAAAAUAAUGCGCACCAUACUUACCUCCAUGACUAGUACAUUUUAGUUUGAAUUUAUCGCAUCUUUUGAAUGUAAAACAUUAACAAUACUCACACUGAAAUGUACUUAUCGUGGAUAUAUGUGUUGUCCGCAUUAAUUUGAUGACCCUCAGAAGCAGCAUCUCGACUGGUAAGCCUGAGCAAUUAUUGUCUUUGAUGCGUUUUUUUUUUUUUUUCGGUUUCCUGAAGUCGAGCGUAUGGUUUAUGCGGCUUAAGUUUAUACAGGAGCAAUGAUCUAACCUACAAUAGUAUCAGGUUUAAAAAGCCUUUAGACAUUUUUUGACCGCAAAUUCAAAGAAAAGGUUCCGAAAAAUAUUUAGUUAUGAUUUUGGCUGUAAACAGAAAGCUCUGAGCGAUUUUCUUGCCUCGAGUUCAUCUUGAAAAAGAGCAAACACCGGGAAGCCGGCCGGCUUAAAACAUAAAUAAGCUUAUGCUUACCUGACUCAUGAUUUUCAGGGACACUUGACUCUCAAUACUUGUCUUCGUGAAUGAAAAUUAUUGUCUCUGUACAUGUUUCACCGAAUUAUAUUUAUUUUAUUGAUUGUUAGUAGUCCCUCUCGCAAUUUUUAUCGCUGCACCGGUUGUUUCCAGUCGAACAUAAACAUCGCCGCGCGUAAAUAUCACUCGCUUUUUAAGAUUACACAUAACAAAACCAUAAACCGUUUUAUAAAUAAAGGGAAAUAAGACCUUAACAUAACAAAUUCUCUAUCAUGUUGAAGCCUAAAUGGUAACUCUAUUAAUCCCUGCAAGUUUGGUGCCUGUCAAAAGUGAGAACCCGUCCGGCUGGCCGAAAAGGUGAUUUUGGGAAUUUUUUUAUCGUUUUCACUAAAAGCCCAUAAUUAUUAACCUGCGUAUCAAACAGGACCAGAUUUCUCUAACUGAAAAGUCCCGGCAUUAUGGAAUUCUAAUUCUCUUCAUGAAAACGUUUUAUAAUGUGGUCAACGCCAUAAUUUAUUGUGCAAAGGAAGCGCGUGCUUUGAUCGUCCUGGAUAUUGAAUGAGUGCAAUUUGUCUUGCAAAAUUUUGAAAAACUGCAGAAUUAUAGGUUUAAAUAGGGCAAAAAAGAACAAAUUUUGUCCGAGGUCCGUAUGAUAAAAAAAGGGCCUCAUAGUACUGUUUACCUGAGACGUAAUGAGAAAAAGUAUGUUUAAAAGGCUGGUUUACACGCCAUCAGAUUCGUCGCCAAGAUUUACUUGUAAAGUAAACUUGUCGAACACAGAAAAUCCGGCCUGAUUUUUUAUUUUGGCCUCCCUUUUAGACAGAGGAAUGCAACGUGUAAAUUGGCUGCCACCAAGGACUAUCGUGGCGCGUGUGUUUCUUAAAAUUAUAUUUCGGGGUUGUCCAAUAAUCCAUAGUCUCUCAAACGGAGCAAUGUUGGAGAGACCGUGGUGAAUGCCACAUUAUGAUGCAACAGCUAAUGCAAAUACAAUACACGAAUAGGUCUAUUUGUUUUCUAGGCCUAAUCUACUGUGAUCGAACAUGAUUGCUAUUUUGGGGUGGACAAAUAAGACUAUUAACUCAAUGUAAAAUUUGUUUCACUCUUGGACUGUCAAAUUAUUUUCCUCUAAAACCACUUAGCCUUUGCCUCAAAAGUCACAUGAACGUGCCCUGAUCUGUGGAUUACAAGUUUAUUGUUUGAUUUAAAUUAUGAAUUUAUUAACGUGAGCUUCGCUUUUAGCCCUGGCUAAAUUUAUAGUAUAUACUAAAACAGUGGAUAGUGUUUUUCGCGCGCUCUGAUUGGCUGCUCAAUCAGUGAAUAUCCUGCACUAUUCACUGAUUCACCUCUAGUUCCUCCGAGCGAGAGACGCCAAACUCGCGUAAGUUGCAAAAUGCCUUCCCGGUUUGCUGCCGUAACAAACAAAGAAAUUUCACAACUAAUCAAGCAAGCUGUUUCCGAAAUACACGAAGAAAGUGACGAAGCUCGGGGUGGAAGUUUUCACAGGUAAAACUUUGUCUUUUUGACUUGAAUUUAUCGAUAAAACCGGCGAAAAAGUUUUGUUGUUUACAAAUGCAAAUUAAGUUUAAGUCUUGCGUUACUUUUUUUAGUUGACUUGUUCAUAAAUAAGCUUAAAACUAAAUCUAAUAAUCCUUUUUACAGAAUGAUUUUAAAUACAAAAAGAAUUCACAACUCCUUUUGAGGAAAUUUCCCCGCAAGAGGUAAACAAAUGCCUUCAAAAGUUUUAUUUGCCGGCAAGAAAAAGCGACGACAGCGGCCGUUCGGUCAUUGCGCGCCAAAAUUGUAAUCGUUGCAGGCAACAGUAAAUGAGUUAAAAAUCAUCAUUUUUGUGCUCAAUUAUCUCACUGUUUUAGUAUAUACUAAAACAAUUAUUCACCUCAGUGUCGGUGGCUAGUGAUAGAUAUUUACCUCGCCGCUAACGCGGCUUCGGUAAAUAUCCAUCACUAGCCACCUCCACUUCGGUGAAUAAUUGUUAUAUAUUAUAUUUGAUUGAAAUAUAUUGUGUUUUGCUUACCUUGUGCGAAAUUUACAUAUGUAUUGAAAAUUUUACAGUUUUAGAGAAAAGGUAUUAAGGAAAAAUAUUGCUUUUUGUGUUAAAACCUGAUGUGGUCUCUAGAAUAGUGUAUAUUGUGAUAGUGCAAACUUAAUUAAGUUUGCUGUUAUUUAUUUAUAUUUUCUGGUUGCAUUUAUUUUUUAGCUGCCCACAGUAAAUAAAAGAAGAUGAGAUUAAUUGAAAGGCGGCUUAAGACUGGCAGAUGUUUUUCGAAAUAUAAUAAUCAUAGUUUAAAGGAGGGUACUAAGGUAGGAGUUUAGAGUGUAUGGGUUGCUCAGGUCUCUUAAUCUAUUCUCCUAUUAUAGACCUGUUUUAGAAGAGUUUUACAUUAAAAAUUAUAGCCUGGUAUUGAUUUCCCUACUAGUCAUGUAAAACUCCCAAUAGUAGCAUAUUAAGUACACGGUCCAUUUGAAUGUAGAAAAACCUGUUGUAAAGCAGGAACUCUAAAGCCCCAACCACUUGGAGAGGCACAUACCCGUAUAGGUAUCCUAAGGAGGUGAGUCCACCCCCGCCCCCCGACCUGCUCUUCCGGAACCCUUGAAGUCACUACAUAACCAAACUACACGCCUUCUUUUUGAUUAACAGACCAGUUGCUCUGUUAGUGCGUUUGUCGUUCAACAGAAGGGAGAAGCAAUGUACACGAACUCUGUCAUCGCCUUCUCUGUGAUAAUAAGUAUCGAAACACUCAGCAUAUGUGUUGGAAACGCUUUCGUAAUUUUCGUAUUUUGGACGCAGUUCACGGGAAGUAGAAGACGAGCCAGCUAUCUUCUGAUCAAUCUAGCGGUUGCCGAUUUCUUAAUAGGAGUUACAAAAAUUCCAGGGUUUAUAACCAUCUCCAUUCCCUCUCUGAUGCGAAAACGAAACAUUGACGACCUCGGAAACUAUAUUGCAGCAUUUCACAUCCUGUUUUCGACAGCUUCAGUAGUUUCUCUUGCUACUGUUUCAGUGGAACGCACUGCAGCCGUCUUGUGGCCACUUGCUCAUCGAACUUCAAGUGACAGAGUGUAUGUCUAUUGUAUUGCUUUUAUCUGGGUGACUGCGAUGAGUGUGUUCCUCAUUUAUAUUCUACCUUUCUUCAACGUGUGGCCCUUUGAAUUUCUUCGUGAAUGAAAAUUAUUGUCUCUGUACAUGUUUCACCGAAUUAUAUUUAUUUUAUUGAUUGUUAGUAGUCCCUCUCGCAAUUUUUAUCGCUGCACCGGUUGUUUCCAGUCGAACAUAAACAUCGCCGCGCGUAAAUAUCACUCGCUUUUUAAGAUUACACAUAACAAAACCAUAAACCGUUUUAUAAAUAAAGGGAAAUAAGACCUUAACAUAACAAAUUCUCUAUCAUGUUGAAGCCUAAAUGGUAACUCUAUUAAUCCCUGCAAGUUUGGUGCCUGUCAAAAGUGAGAACCCGUCCGGCUGGCCGAAAAGGUGAUUUUGGGAAUUUUUUUAUCGUUUUCACUAAAAGCCCAUAAUUAUUAACCUGCGUAUCAAACAGGACCAGAUUUCUCUAACUGAAAAGUCCCGGCAUUAUGGAAUUCUAAUUCUCUUCAUGAAAACGUUUUAUAAUGUGGUCAACGCCAUAAUUUAUUGUGCAAAGGAAGCGCGUGCUUUGAUCGUCCUGGAUAUUGAAUGAGUGCAAUUUGUCUUGCAAAAUUUUGAAAAACUGCAGAAUUAUAGGUUUAAAUAGGGCAAAAAAGAACAAAUUUUGUCCGAGGUCCGUAUGAUAAAAAAAGGGCCUCAUAGUACUGUUUACCUGAGCCGUAAUGAGAAAAAGUAUGUUUAAAAGGCUGGUUUACACGCCAUCAGAUUCGUCGCCAAGAUUUACUUGUAAAGUAAACUUGUCGAACACAGAAAAUCCGGCCUGAUUUUUUAUUUUGGCCUCCCUUUUAGACAGAGGAAUGCAACGUGUAAAUUGGCUGCCACCAAGGACUAUCGUGGCGCGUGUGUUUCUUAAAAUUAUAUUUCGGGGUUGUCCAAUAAUCCAUAGUCUCUCAAACGGAGCAAUGUUGGAGAGACCGUGGUGAAUGCCACAUUAUGAUGCAACAGCUAAUGCAAAUACAAUACACGAAUAGGUCUAUUUGUUUUCUAGGCCUAAUCUACUGUGAUCGAACAUGAUUGCUAUUUUGGGGUGGACAAAUAAGACUAUUAACUCAAUGUAAAAUUUGUUUCACUCUUGGACUGUCAAAUUAUUUUCCUCUAAAACCACUUAGCCUUUGCCUCAAAAGUCACAUGAACGUGCCCUGAUCUGUGGAUUACAAGUUUAUUGUUUGAUUUAAAUUAUGAAUUUAUUAACGUGAGCUUCGCUUUUAGCCCUGGCUAAAUUUAUUUAGUAUAUACUAAAACAGUGGAUAGUGUUUUUCGCGCGCUCUGAUUGGCUGCUCAAUCAGUGAAUAUCCUGCACUAUUCACUGAUUCACCUCUAGUUCCUCCGAGCGAGAGACGCCAAACUCGCGUAAGUUGCAAAAUGCCUUCCCGGUUUGCUGCCGUAACAAACAAAGAAAUUUCACAACUAAUCAAGCAAGCUGUUUCCGAAAUACACGAAGAAAGUGACGAAGCUCGGGGUGGAAGUUUUCACAGGUAAAACUUUGUCUUUUUGACUUGAAUUUAUCGAUAAAACCGGCGAAAAAGUUUUGUUGUUUACAAAUGCAAAUUAAGUUUAAGUCUUGCGUUACUUUUUUUAGUUGACUUGUUCAUAAAUAAGCUUAAAACUAAAUCUAAUAAUCCUUUUUACAGAAUGAUUUUAAAUACAAAAAGAAUUCACAACUCCUUUUGAGGAAAUUUCCCCGCAAGAGGUAAACAAAUGCCUUCAAAAGUUUUAUUUGCCGGCAAGAAAAAGCGACGACAGCGGCCGUUCGGUCAUUGCGCGCCAAAAUUGUAAUCGUUGCAGGCAACAGUAAAUGAGUUAAAAAUCAACAUUUUUGUGCUCAAUUAUCUCACUGUUUUAGUAUAUACUAAAACAAUUAUUCACCUCAGUGUCGGUGGCUAGUGAUAGAUAUUUACCUCGCCGCUAACGCGGCUUCGGUAAAUAUCCAUCACUAGCCACCUCCACUUCGGUGAAUAAUUGUUAUAUAUUAUAUUUGAUUGAAAUAUAUUGUGUUUUGCUUACCUUGUGCGAAAUUUACAUAUGUAUUGAAAAUUUUACAGUUUUAGAGAAAAGGUAUUAAGGAAAAAUAUUGCUUUUUGUGUUAAAACCUGAUGUGGUCUCUAGAAUAGUGUAUAUUGUGAUAGUGCAAACUUAAUUAAGUUUGCUGUUAUUUAUUUAUAUUUUCUGGUUGCAUUUAUUUUUUAGCUGCCCACAGUAAAUAAAAGAAGAUGAGAUUAAUUGAAAGGCGGCUUAAGACUGGCAGAUGUUUUUCGAAAUAUAAUAAUCAUAGUUUAAAGGAGGGUACUAAGGUAGGAGUUUAGAGUGUAUGGGUUGCUCAGGUCUCUUAAUCUAUUCUCCUAUUAUAGACCUGUUUUAGAAGAGUUUUACAUUAAAAAUUAUAGCCUGGUAUUGAUUUCCCUACUAGUCAUGUAAAACUCCCAAUAGUAGCAUAUUAAGUACACGGUCCAUUUGAAUGUAGAAAAACCUGUUGUAAAGCAGGAACUCUAAAGCCCCAACCACUUGGAGAGGCACAUACCCGUAUAGGUAUCCUAAGGAGGUGAGUCCACCCCCGCCCCCCGACCUGCUCUUCCGGAACCCUUGAAGUCACUACAUAACCAAACUACACGCCUUCUUUUUGAUUAACAGACCAGUUGCUCUGUUAGUGCGUUUGUCGUUCAACAGAAGGGAGAAGCAAUGUACACGAACUCUGUCAUCGCCUUCUCUGUGAUAAUAAGUAUCGAAACACUCAGCAUAUGUGUUGGAAACGCUUUCGUAAUUUUCGUAUUUUGGACGCAGUUCACGGGAAGUAGAAGACGAGCCAGCUAUCUUCUGAUCAAUCUAGCGGUUGCCGAUUUCUUAAUAGGAGUUACAAAAAUUCCAGGGUUUAUAACCAUCUCCAUUCCCUCUCUGAUGCGAAAACGAAACAUUGACGACCUCGGAAACUAUAUUGCAGCAUUUCACAUCCUGUUUUCGACAGCUUCAGUAGUUUCUCUUGCUACUGUUUCAGUGGAACGCACUGCAGCCGUCUUGUGGCCACUUGCUCAUCGAACUUCAAGUGACAGAGUGUAUGUCUAUUGUAUUGCUUUUAUCUGGGUGACUGCGAUGAGUGUGUUCCUCAUUUAUAUUCUACCUUUCUUCAAGGUGUGGCCCUUUGAAUAUGCGGUUAUAGCACUGAACAUCGUUCUUGUACUAUCCAUUCUUACCACUUGUUCUACGUACAUCAUUAUACGCGCCCAUUUGAAACGUUCACCCCAAAUAUUUAACAGUGAUCAAAGGCGAAGCGUGGAAAGAAACGUAAAACUCUCAAAAACGGUAUUUCUGGUCAUUGCAUUGUCAUUUGCUUGUUGGGUUCCAGCUGUCAUUUUGUACGUCAUCCAUUACGUCUUUUGCAAAGAAUGUAUUCCAGCCGAAGUCGUUUUG